CAACAGCAUUUACUCAUCACAUCUUUUCUGUGCCACUUUUGUUUGCCUGACCAGAAAUGCACGCAGUGGCUAAAGAGAUUGCACCCAUUAACGGUGCUGACCUUCUCAAUAUCAGUAAUAUCGUUCUAGAGAAAUGGCUUUGCACACCAGGGCAGACAAAUGGCAAGGACCUCCAGUACCAGGACUCUGUGACUGAUCUUACUGAGGAUCCUGAUCUCAUGAGAGUGGUGUAUUUGCUGCAGAUGCACUCCAUGGAUAUGAGGCACGUCUGCUCAGUCCCAUCCUGAGUGCAAAGACAAAGGUAAAUUAUAUAGCUGUUUCUUCAGCAUGUAUAUGAUUUCUUCCCUUUUUAUACAGUAUUAGUAUAAUUUAAAGGGCCAGUGGGUAAAAUCAAAGCUCUAAAGUUUACAUGUACAGUAACACUGUAAUUAUUAUUUAUAACUCCUUCACCCUACCUUCCCUCCAAGCCCAUAUACAUGUAUACCUGCCUCCUACAAUUUCUGAUGGACAGCAGUUUAUCGUCAUGUUCAUUUGCAACAAACCUUUCAUUUACUGGAUGAAUGAACGUCAGCAUUCAUUCAUACGCCUCGUCCCAUAUGAGGAAAGUAUAUCUGGAAAACUAAGCAUUACUUAUCAGACUUGACACAUUAUACUGGU